GAGCCGCGGCGGCGUAGACCGGGAGGGGGAGCCUGGGGUUCCGACGUCGCCGCGGAGAGAGUGAGCCCGAACCGGAUCCUUGACGAGCGCCCCAGCACGGCCCUCUCUCUCCGCGUCUGCUAGGAGAGGCCCCAAGGCCUGAGGGAGACCCGCGGCCUAACCCCGGCGCAAGCGCAGCCCCGGCCUGUCGGGCCUCAGCCCGUGAAACAGUUGGGACCCCUGAAUCCGGCAGGAUGGCCCAAUGGAAUCAGCUGCAGCAGCUCGACACCCGGUACCUGGAGCAGCUUCAUCAGCUGUACAGUGACAGCUUCCCGAUGGAGCUGCGGCAGUUUCUGGCCCCUUGGAUUGAGAGUCAAGAUUGGGCAUAUGCGGCUAGCAAAGAGUCACAUGCCACUUUGGUGUUUCAUAAUCUCUUGGGUGAGAUUGACCAGCAGUACAGCCGCUUCCUCCAAGAGUCAAAUGUUCUCUAUCAGCACAAUCUGCGAAGAAUCAAGCAGUUCCUUCAGAGCAGAUAUCUUGAGAAGCCAAUGGAGAUUGCCCGAAUUGUGGCCCGGUGCCUAUGGGAAGAGUCCCGCCUCCUACAAACUGCAGCCACGGCAGCCCAGCAAGGGGGCCAGGCCAACCACCCCACAGCUGCCGUGGUGACGGAGAAGCAGCAGAUGCUGGAGCAGCACCUACAGGAUGUUCGGAAGCGAGUACAGGAUCUAGAACAGAAAAUGAAAGUGGUAGAGAAUCUCCAGGAUGACUUUGAUUUCAACUAUAAAACGCUCAAGAGUCAAGGAGACAUGCAGGAUCUGAAUGGAAACAACCAGUCAGUGACCAGGCAGAAGAUGCAGCAGCUGGAACAGAUGCUUACUGCGCUGGACCAGAUGCGGCGAAGCAUUGUGAGUGAGUUGGCAGGGCUUCUGUCAGCUAUGGAGUACGUGCAGAAAACUCUCACAGAUGAGGAGCUGGCUGACUGGAAGAGGCGACAGCAGAUUGCUUGCAUUGGAGGCCCUCCCAACAUCUGCCUAGAUCGUCUAGAAAACUGGAUAACCUCAUUAGCAGAAUCUCAACUUCAGACCCGCCAACAAAUUAAGAAACUGGAGGAGUUGCAGCAGAAAGUUUCCUACAAAGGGGAUCCCAUUGUACAGCACCGGCCAAUGCUGGAGGAGAGAAUUGUGGAGCUGUUUAGAAACUUAAUGAAAAGUGCCUUUGUGGUUGAGCGGCAGCCCUGCAUGCCCAUGCAUCCCGACCGGCCGUUAGUCAUCAAGACUGGUGUCCAGUUUACUACUAAAGUCAGAUUGCUGGUCAAAUUCCCCGAGUUAAAUUAUCAGCUUAAAAUUAAAGUGUGCAUUGACAAAGACUCCGGGGACGUUGCAGCUCUCAGAGGAUCCCGGAAAUUUAACAUUCUGGGCACAAACACAAAAGUGAUGAACAUGGAGGAGUCCAACAACGGCAGCCUCUCUGCAGAGUUCAAGCACUUGACCCUGAGAGAGCAAAGAUGUGGUAACGGGGGCCGAGCCAAUUGUGACGCCUCCUUGAUUGUGACUGAGGAGCUGCACCUGAUCACCUUUGAGACGGAAGUGUAUCACCAAGGCCUCAAGAUUGACCUUGAGACCCACUCCCUGCCAGUUGUGGUGAUCUCCAACAUCUGUCAGAUGCCAAAUGCCUGGGCGUCUAUCCUGUGGUAUAACAUGCUCACCAACAACCCCAAGAACGUGAACUUUUUCACCAAGCCCCCAAUUGGAACCUGGGAUCAAGUGGCUGAGGUGCUGAGCUGGCAGUUCUCCUCCACCACCAAGCGAGGGCUGAGCAUCGAGCAGUUGACUACGCUGGCAGAGAAACUCUUAGGACCUGGUGUGAAUUAUUCAGGGUGUCAGAUCACGUGGGCUAAAUUUUGCAAAGAAAACAUGGCUGGCAAGGGCUUCUCCUUCUGGGUCUGGCUGGACAAUAUUAUUGAUCUUGUGAAAAAGUACAUCCUGGCUCUUUGGAAUGAAGGGUACAUAAUGGGCUUUAUCAGUAAGGAGCGGGAGCGGGCCAUCUUGAGCACCAAGCCCCCAGGCACCUUCCUCCUAAGAUUCAGUGAAAGCAGCAAAGAAGGAGGCGUCACCUUCACUUGGGUGGAGAAGGACAUCAGUGGUAAGACCCAGAUCCAGUCGGUGGAACCAUAUACCAAGCAGCAGCUGAACAACAUGUCGUUCGCUGAGAUCAUCAUGGGCUACAAGAUCAUGGAUGCCACCAAUAUCCUGGUGUCCCCUCUGGUCUAUCUCUACCCCGACAUUCCAAAGGAGGAGGCCUUUGGAAAGUAUUGUCGGCCAGAGAGCCAGGAGCAUCCUGAAGCUGACCCAGGUAGUGCUGCCCCGUACCUGAAGACCAAGUUUAUCUGUGUGACACCAACGACCUGCAGCAAUACCAUUGACCUGCCGAUGUCCCCCCGCACUUUAGAUUCAUUGAUGCAGUUUGGAAAUAAUGGUGAAGGUGCUGAGCCCUCAGCAGGAGGGCAGUUUGAGUCCCUCACGUUCGACAUGGAGUUGACCUCGGAGUGCGCUACCUCCCCCAUGUGAGGAGCCGAGGACGGAGCUGCAGAGAGAGAUGCCGGAGGCACCUACCUGUGUCCCACCACCCCUCAGACAGCCAAACCCCAGAUCGUCUGAACUCCUAACUUUGUGGUUCCAGAUUUUUUUUUAAUCUCCUACUUCUGCUAUCUUUGAGCAAUCUGGGCACUUUUUAAAAUAGAGAAAUGAGUGAAUGUGGGUGAUAUGCUUUUAUCUAAAUGCAAGUAAGAAUGCGUUCUCUGAGACUGUGAUCAGGGGAUGUGGAAGGGGUGGCAAGAGGGAGAAAAAGGAAAUGUCUUUUUUGCUCCCCUGCCCUCCUUUCUCAGCAGCUUUUUGUUGUUAGACAAGUGCCUCCUGGUGCCAGCGGCAUCGCUCCGCCUAUUUCUGUAAGCUAAUGCCACAGGCUGCCUCUCGCUGUGUCCUCCUGGCAUUGCACUUUUAACCUUGCUCAUGUCCAAGUAGAAGAUAGGAUUCUCAAAGCCCCUAGUUUCUUUUUAAACUAAAGAAAAAAAAAUUGAAAAGGCAAAAAACCGUGUGUGGGCAUAGCCUUUCCUGUCUUUAGGAAAACUCAGUUAAGAGCCUCCUUGGUGCUUUAGGCGUUCAGCUUUCUUCAGGCUGAUAAUUUACAUAAACCCUGAAAUGGGCUUCAGAUCCAACUCUUCGAAGACAUCUGAAGCUGUAGCUUGGCCUUUGGCUUUGAAAUAGGAAAGUUUAAGGAGGAGCUAAACAUUCUAGACUUUUUUUUAUAAACAAAGUUUUUAUUUUCCCCUUUAAUGUGUUGGCCCAUUAGUAGGCAAGGCUGGGCAGAGGGGCGCUGACAACCUGUCCUCCCUUUCUCCCUCGACUUCCACUCCUGUUUCAGAGCCUGGGUUGUUUCUGUGGGUGCCUUAUGAGGGAUGGGAUGAUUCAUCCUUCCUUCCACUGCCACCUGACCCCCUGUGGCAUGGCGCCUUCCAGUGUCUAAAGGUCCUUCUCCUGUUUGCUUUAGGAAUCCUGGUCUCAGGACCUCCUGUAAUAAGAGGGAGAAAGUUACAAGUUGAACAUGACUCAGACAAUAAGGCCCCAGCCAAGGGUUUGGUUGAGCUCAGGGAAUAUGGUUCUUAGCCCAGUUCUUGGUGAUUCCCAUGGCACCUGUAAUCACUUCUUCAUUGGUUGACCCAGGGGCAAAGGCUCACUGAUAAACUCGAGGUCUGUCCCUCAUGUGAGGGAGUGUACACCCCGGCCUCCCUCAAGGCUGUUAGCUAUCUCCUCCCUGUUGGGGCCCCACCGAUGAGGCAGAACAACUCACAUUUACUGUGCAUUUUGAAUACUUAAUAGCUUUUGAGGUGGUCUCUGGUAUUUGGGCCUCCUCUGACCCAUAGGCAUGGCUAGAUUGGGUGAGCCAAAACUUUGUCUCAGCUGAUCACAGUUGCUAUAGAAUGCUAUUUGUCAUCCCCAAAUCAGCCAGUUUCUGAAGUAAGGGGAUGAGGACCUUCUCUCCAGGACGAACAGGGGUUGCCCUUGGCCAUGCCUGACCUCCUGCCUGGAAACCGUUGAUGGAUACUACAGAGCCCUCCCUCUUCCAGCAACACUCUUUGAUUCAUAAUAAGCUUAACUCAUAAACUGAGAAAUUUAGAUCAGAGGGACCUGGGGCAAGGAUCCAGGCUUCUCUGGAGCAGAUGUUGUAAAGUGUGUGGCUUUGAGGUAGCGUGUGUAUCUGGUUUUAACUCGGAUUGAAACAAGUUCUGAGAGGAGCUGAGACUUGUUUUGGCCUCUCCCUUAAAGAACUGAGUCCUCCAGGACCUGCCCGCGUUCUCUCCACUCUUCCCCCUGCCGACCCCAGCCCAGCCGAGGGGUUCCCCUGGAUGGCUUAACCUGCCCAUACGGUGGUUCGUAAGCUCCUGGCCACUGCAUCAAAUUCCAAUGUAUACUUCAUAGUGUAAAAAUUUAUAUUAUUGUGGGUUUUUUUUUUUUUUUUUUUGUAUAUUGCUGUAUCUACUUUAACUUCCAGAAAUAAAAGUUAUAUAGGAACCGUC